CCUCCUCCCGCUUUGCUCUCUCCGAGCGCGGGGACCGUCACCACGGGCAGCCGCGGCGCGGUGCGGUGCGCUCCGUCCAUCCAUCCCAUCGCGUCCAUCGCAUCCCAUCCCGGUGCGGGGUUCAGUCCCAUCGCGGUGCGUGGGGACAUUCCCGGCGGAGCGGGGCAUCCCUGGCAGCGCAUCCCGGAGCGGGGCAAUCCCAUGGAGGCCGAGGGUUACCGCUGCCGCAGCAGCCGCCACAUCGAGAGCGGCCAGUCGGCCGUGCCCAGCUCGGUGCUGUUCUCCGCCGGCCUUUUGGGGAACGUGCUGGCGCUGCUGCUGCUGGGCCAGCACCGCCGCCGCUCCCGCUCCUCGCCCGGGGGCCGCCCGCCGCGGGUCUCGGCUUUCUACGUGCUGGUGACAGCGCUGGCGGUCACCGACCUGCUGGGCAAGUGCCUGAUCAGCCCCAUGGUGCUGGCAGCCUACGCCUACAACCGCAGCCUCAGCCAGCUGGGGCCGCCCGUGCGCGGCGAGGAGCAGCCGGGGGUGCUGUGCCAGCUCUUCGCCUUCCUCAUGGCUUUCUUCGGGCUGGCCCCCACGCUGCUGCUGCUGGCCAUGGCUCUGGAGUGCUGGCUGUCGCUGGGCCACCCCUAUUUCUACCGGCGGCACCUGACGCGGCGGCUGGGCGCGGCGCUGGGCCCGGCGGCCGCGGGGCUGUGCGCGCUGUUCUGCGCGCUGCCGCUGCUGGGCUUCGGCGAGCCCAUGCAGUACUGCCCGGGCACCUGGUGCUUCAUCCGCAUGGCCGGCGGCGGCCCGGGCCGCCUGGGCUUCCCCGUGCUCUACGCCAGCCUGAUGGGCUUGCUGGUGCUGGCCAUCGUGGCGUGCAACGUGAGCAGCAUGCGGCAGCUGUACGGCAUGGCCCGCAGGCAGCCCCGCCGCGGGACGGCCCCGGGCCCCGCCGCCCCGCACAUGGAGGAGCUCGAUCACCUCGUCCUGCUGGCGCUCAUGACCGUGCUCUUCACCGUCUGCUCGCUGCCGCUCAUCAUCCGUGCCUACAUGGGCGCCUUCGCCGCCGAUUUCAACGAGAACGCCGACCUGAGCGCGCUGCGCUUCCUCUCCGUCAACUCCAUCGUGGACCCCUGGGUGUUCAUCAUCUUCCGCACCUCCGUGUUCCGCUCCUUCGUGCGCCGCGUCUGCCGCCGCCUGGGCUCCCGCAGAGCCUCGCUGUCCCCCCGGGGUGCUGCUGACAGCCCCUUCUGUCCCCACCGGCCAGCCCCGCCGCCGCCCGGCAUCCCCUGAGCCAGCGCCGCCCCGCGCAGCGCGCGAGGAUGAGGAGCGAGCCUUCGGCCCCCAGCCCUGCCCUGGAGCAUCCCGAGGUGCCACAGAGCGCUGGCAGGGCGGGGACGGCGUCCAGCUCGCCGUGAAGGGUUUCUGUGCCCUGCCCAGGUUGUGGUUUUGCCCCAGAGAGGAUCCGGGAUCUGCUGGGAUGUGGGGAUGUUCCGAGCAGCAGCGAUUUGUGGAGGGGCUGGGGAGAGCCCGGCUCCAGGAUGCAGAAGGGCUUUGGAGUGUGGUUCAGGAGAAGUGAGGGUGUGUCCCUGUGGAAUAAAAGUGGUUCGGUGUUUCAUCACCUCGGCCUGUGCACGAUCCCAUUCCGUGCCAAGGAAUGGGUUUGGGGUGUCCCCAGACUGGGUGAGGAGCAGGAGGCACUCUGAAAUUCCAGCAGCAAUUGCUGGUGUGAGGAGGAGCUGGAUGCAGGUGGAAUCCCUCCCUGGCACCCCUGGAAUCCCUCCCUCCACCGCUGCCCAGGAUCUUCCCUAUUCCCAAGGCAGGGCUGUGGUUUGUCCGCCCUUAUCUCGCUCUCCUCUGUCAAACUCCGAGCACUGAUGUUGCAUUUGUGCUCUCAGCCGUACCUGUUGUGCUGUAAUUAUUUAAAUUCAGUAUUUAUGGCUGUCCUGAGCCUCAAUGAGAGCAGUAAUUGAGAGAACACAGAGCCUGGCGUGCAAGAGGGCAAUCCUUUUAAUGGGAGACCCAUUUCCUCUCGAGCACAGGUUGAAUUAAAUACUGGAUCUAAUUUUUGCCUUAAGUGACCAUUUAGGCCAAAAAACAUCACGAUGACCAAGUGUUGAGUGCCCUUGGAGGAGACAGAGGGUAUUUCUCUCCUCUGUUUAGCUAAGCCUUGCAAGGUGUAGCCGUGUUCCUGCCUGCUCUCACGUGAUGUUUGCUCUUGGUGCCAAACAGAUUCUGCUUUUGAAGGGAAAAUAUCUUGGAGUUUUUGGAGGUGACCUGCUGGGCUUGGCUCUGGCUGUUGCUCCCAGCUGGAUAAAAGGGCAGAGCUGCAUUUGGGGAUGUUUUGGGGGCCCCUGUGAGCUGCCAGCUGAGUGCCUCUCCUUGGGUUUUUCCAAGGAGAAAGAAGGAAACAAGGGUUGGUUCAUGGAUUGGUUUCAUGUUACUGGCGUGGUAUUGACUCGGAGAUGGCUCACGUGGGGCUGCAGAGUCAACAGCUCCCAGCCUGCUCCGUGGCUUUCCUGGGACCUGUUCCACUGCAGCCAGGAGAGAUAACAGCCCUGGAAAACUUUGUUGUGUCCCUCUAAACUGGGAUCUCCUUCCCCCAAAUGUCUGUGCUCCACUCGGGACAGACAGAGUAGGCACGGCCAGGCUGGGAGAGUUUGGUGUGGGAUCAUGGAAUGGUCACUGAGGUGGGAUGAGAUUUCCAAGGUGAGGGCAUUCUGGGGGUGCAGGGCAUCAUCUGCCCCCGGUGCCUGUGAGGAUUCACCCCUGGAGAGGCCCUGGCCCAGGAAAAGUCCCAUUCCCAGGAAAUUCCCUGCCCCGUGACGUGUGUGUUUGGAUCCCAGGGUAACCGCCAUCCAUGGAAAUCAGUAAUUAAACCAACACAAACCAAAUCAUUGUUCUUUAUUAAGGUGCAAAAACAGACUCCCCCUGAGCCCUGAGAUGAUGCAAACACCUCAUCACUGACCCAUCCAUGCUUUUAUCGUCUCAGGAAAUAAACCCUGGAGCCACGAGUGACCUCCCCAUCCCUGCAGCAUCCCCGCUCCCUGGCUGGGACCACACAUUUCCCAGUGACCUUGACACGCUCCCCUGGCUGGAGCAGCGCUUUUAAUCGGGAUUCUGCCCUUCCUGCUGUGGGAGCAGACUCGGAGUCUCCAGCCCGGCGCUGCUGCUGCUGCCUCGGGGCGAGCCAA